AUGUCCACUAUGAGGCCAUCCGACAAUACAAUAUCCUUUAUCGUUUCCACUCCGGCGAGGCAGUCUGUCGAAGAGAAGCGGAAGCUUAUCCGUAGCCAUGUCAUGCGUGGCAAGAACCGCAAGAUGCUGCCGACAAGACCCCCGUCAUGGAUUGAUGCCAAUAAAGCAAAUGAUAGAAAGCAUCCAAAGCAGGGACUUGAUCUCUGUGUUCCGGCCAACGUUGGUGGUCAGUUCUCGUUUACAGCUUUCUCGGCGGAGAUAAGCCCAGAUAUGCUCGAAGCCAUUUGGGAACUAAAACGGUUAAUGUUCCCUAUUGAGUUUGGCCUGGAUUCCUAUCGUUCUGAGUCAUCGUGGCUGGAGCCUAUAUGCGGCGACGCGGCUUGUCUCCACUUCACCGUCUUUAUAGCGAAAGAAUAUUUAAACGUACACCUUAGGCAGAAGGAAAGUAGUAAGACGACUUUGGUUCAUCUGGUCAAAACCCUGGCGAUCCUCCAACAGCGUUUGGCUAGCGGCGACAAUGAGCUGUCGACCUCUGACUACACCAUCCUAGUUGUUGUCGGCCUCACCUUGGCAGCAACUGGCCUUAGGGAUCUUGAGACUGCCGUGAAACAUCUCAAAGGCCUACACAAGAUGGUCAUACUGAGAGGCGGCAUAUCGGCGUUCCAGUGGAAUAGAAGUUUACAAACCAAGAUUUUCCGUGCGGAUCUUGGAGUAGCCCUCAGUACGGGACGUAAACCACUUUUUUUCUCUGACGGCGUCUCAUGGGACUCUUACAUUGCCUCGCAAGGGAAAAUACCUGCCUUACGGGCCCAAGAUUCAGAUUCAGAUCCCCAGAUACCCGCCUCCGGUCUCGGAAUCUUUCUCGACAGUCUAGACACGCGGCUCCGCUCCGUUUGGGAUGACGUCUCCGAAUUUGUACGCGCCGCCAACAUCGCAUCGCAGUGUAAACGCGGUAUCGACAGUGAUCUCUACCAGGAAGUCAUGAUCUCGAUCCACUAUCGUCUCGUCAACCUGUGCUUCGAUAGACGCACUAUAAAUGAGAUUACCCGACUCGCGUUAAUGGCUUUUGCUAGCACACUUUUUCUACAGUGGCGUGGCGUCAGAGUACGUUACGAAUGUCUCGCUCAAAGUCUCAAAAGAGCCCUAACUCUGCUUGGACAUAGUCCUGGAGUUAUACCGCACAGCUAGCCGUUUGGCUCCAUAUCGUUGGUGCCAUUUCUAUCUUCAGCGAGCAUGAGCAAAGCUGCUUUCAGCCUGCUCUGGCCGAUCUACUCUGGGAUAUGGGCUUGAAAUCGUGGCAUGAAGUUCGAGUUUCGCUGAAGUCUGUUCUUUGGGCGGACGUGCUACAUGACCCCCCAGCGAAGAGGGUAGUCGAAGCUACGCUGGGCGCGCCCUGACUUCUUGUCGUAGACUGCACGUGCGAGAAUUAGUUGAGAAAUGGACCAACCAGCGACCUAAGAUCAUACACAACCAUUUACGGAGGAACACCUUGAUUCCAGAGGC